AUGAAUUUCAGUCUCCCAGAUGCUCUCAAUUUAAUAAAGGAGGGCAGAGCUAAUGAAGCCGUUGAUCAGCUAAACAAAUUCAUUGAGUGUUUACAACCUUUAAGUCCCUAGACAUAACUCUUGGGUCAAUAACUCGGCAUCGAUUUAGAAUUUUUUAGAAUUGUUAAAUUCUCUGACUUUUAUGAUCCUGAUCCAUAGGUCUAAGCCUUACGCUUUAAAUAUUAUGCUUACAAAAUUGCAAGUAUUUAUUGGUUACAAAAAUAGAGUGGGGCUAUUAAAUUAUCCAAUAGAAGAGGAAAGUAAAAAGAAGACAUGAUUUGGUUGAGAAAUCGGAAUAGUUUGGAAUUUAGAAUGAGAUUGGACGUACUUUUGGAGUGGAUAAUGAAUCGAAAUAAUUUGCUGAGUCAAGAAUUUAAAUGAUGUCUGACAAAUUGUAGAAGAAAAAAUAAAUUUAUCAGAAAUAAUUAUUAUUUCAAUUGGAUAUAGAGAAGAGGAGAACUGAUUAUAAAUUAUAACAAGAUGAUAAAAUAGAGAAAGUUAGAAAAGCUUUAAAAACAGAUUAUGAUAAUAAAAUUUAACCUGUAAAAGAGCAUUUGGAGAUCGUAAAUGAGAAAUUAAAGAGCAAUCAUAAAAUGAAAAAGAAGCAAGAAGAUGAUUUGAUUAACAAGAGAAGUGAAUUACUUAAAAAUGCCUCAUUGAUGUAAUUAAUUAAUUUAAUCAAAGAGAUGAAAAAAUACAUAAACUUGAAGAAAUGAGAAGAAAUUAAAUAGAACACAUGAAAAAUGCAAGAUAAAUGAAAAAGUAAAGACAACAUUCCUUUCAAGAAAAACAAAAUUAAAAAUAUGAAGAAUAUCUUGAAAAAAUGAAACUGAAAUUAGAAUAAAGACGUAUAGAUAUCUAAUAUUCAAUUUAAUAGGCAUUGUUGACGUCCAUUUUGAAUCUCAUAAAGAUUUUGGCAAGAGAUAAGUACCAGAUGACUUUGAAAAAAAUUUAGAGAAUGUAAUCAUUAAAUACUCAAAAUAAUAACCAAUUAUUAAUAAUUUGCUAGCCAAACAAAUCGAAUAGAUACAAACAAAAAAGUCUGUUGACAGUGAAAAAUUCAAAAAAGUUAUAUAGAAUCUACAAUAAGAUCAUUCGCAUAAAAUUGAAUCACGCAAUGUUGGUGAGGUUAUGGUAAGGAAAGAAAAAAGAUUGUAAGAAGAGACAAUCUUGAGAAAAGAAACUUAUUAAUAGAGAGUUCUAAAUUUUCUACAAAAUCGUUAAUAAUUACAGAGAUUGCAGUCUUAAUAAAUCGAUAGAUACAAUGCGUUUUUCUCAAGAUAAACUACUCGAUUAAAGAAUAUGAGAACGACUAAUGAGUAAAUGAAAUCUACUGUCAAGUAUGUAUAUCUAUAGUAAUACUAGUUUUGCCUUGAUGUAAGCCAAUAAGAUUGAAGAAUAGACAGCAUUAAAAAUGUCUAGAGCAGUUUAAUUAAUCAAUGAUCCAGAUUUACAAAUGUAAUUCAAACCGAAUGAAAAGCUAACAACUCAGUAAAAAAUAGCGAAGAAAAAGCAGGAGGAAAUGCAAUCGUUAUUAAAAUCAUUUGUAACUAGCGAAGUUGAUUUGCUAAGAUUUUCUAAAUCCGUGACAGAAGUUAAAAAUGAUGAAAAUUAAUAAUAAAAAUGA